GACCGACUGCCAAAAGGACCUGUGGCCAUCACCUCCUUCCUCUCUCCACAGACCUCCUUGCUUGCGUGCCGUUUCCCCUCCUGACACACCAUGGACCCCAAUGCCAUCAAGGAGGAGCUGCGCCUGUUUCAGAGUACCUUACUCCAGGAUGGGCUAAAGGAGCUGCUGAAGGAGAACAAGUUUGUGGACUGCAACCUGAAGGUAGGGGACCGUAGCUUCCCCUGCCAUCGAUUGAUCAUGGCUGCCUGUAGUCCAUACUUCAGGGAUGUCUUUUUCACAGAAGAUGGCAAGGAAGUGGAGAACACCCACGAGGUGGUCCUGGAAGAUGUCAACCCUUCCAUCCUCGACAUGAUCAUCCAGUACCUGUAUUCAGCCGAGAUCGACCUCACCGAUGACAAUGUGCAGGAUAUAAUUGCUGUGGCAAACAGGUUCCAGAUCCCGUCUGUCUUCACGGUGUGUGUUAACUACCUUCAGAAGAAGAUAUCCCUGAGCAACUGCAUGGCCAUUUUCAGGAUGGGCUUGGUGCUCAGCUGUCCCAGGCUCGCAGUGGCUGCACGCAAUUACAUCGCUGACCGCUUCGAGGCCCUCUACAAAGAUGAGGAGUUCCUCAGACUGGCACCCCAUGAACUGUUUGCCAUUAUUGGCGGAGACUCACUGAAUGUGGAAAGGGAAGAGGUGGUAUUUGAGGCCCUCAUGGCUUGGGUCCGCCAUGAUAGAGAUAAGCGCAUCAAGGUCUUGAAGGACGCGUUCAACUGCAUUCGCUUCCGACUUAUGCCAGAGAAGUAUUUCAAAGACAGAGUGGAGACGGAUGACAUCAUCAAGGCUGACCCGGAGCUUCAGAAGACAAUCCAGGUCAUCAGAGAUGCCUUCAAGGGGAAGCUUCCGGAUAAACCCACGAAGAAAGAAGGGGAGCAAGGUGCCAACAAGGAAGGAGGUGAGGAGGAGGAGGACGAGGACAGCCUUUUCCCUGGGUUCCUGAAUGACAGCCGGCGACACGGCAUGUACACACGUGACUUCAUCUUCAUGAUCAGCGACACAGCCGCGGUGGCGUACGAUGUCGUCGAGAACGAGUGUUUCCUGGCGGCCAUGUCCGAGCAAGUGCCGCGUAACCACGUCAGCCUGGUGUCGGAGAAGAACCAGCUCUUUAUCAUUGGUGGACUGUUUGUGGAUGAGGAGAACAAGGACAUGCCUCUGCAGUGUUACGUCUAUUUGUUGGAUCCACUCUCUUCUGACUGGGUUGCUCUGCCGCCCAUGCCUUCGCCAAGAUGCCUUUUCAACAUGGGAGAGAGUGAGAACCUGCUGUUUGCCGUGGCUGGAAAAGACCUCCAGACCAACGUGUCGCUGGAUUCUGUCAUGUGCUAUGAUGUCGAGAAAAUGAAGUGGAGUGAGACCAAAAAGCUUCCUCUGAAGAUCCACGGUCACGCUGUCGUGUCCCACAAAGGACUGGUCUACUGCAUUGGAGGAAAGACCGAUGACAACAAAGCCCUCAACAAGGUGUUUGCGUACAAUCACAAACAGUCUGAGUGGAGGGAGUUGGCAGCCAUGAAGACGCCCAGAGCCAUGUUCGGAGCCAUCAUCCACAACGGCAAGAUCGUGGUGGCAGGUGGAGUCAACGAGGAGGGUCUUACUGCCACAUGUGAAGCCUACGACUUUACCACAGCCAAGUGGGAGCCUUUCACCGAUUUUCCUCAGGAGAGAAGCUCUGUGAACCUGUUGAGCUCCGGCGGCUCUCUGUACGCUGUGGGCGGCUUCGCCAUGGUUCAGAUGGAGAACAAGGAGGUGGCUCCCACAGAAGUCACCGAUGUCUGGCUGUAUGAGGAGGAUAAGAAGGAGUGGAGUGGGAUGCUGAGGGAGAUGCGUUACGCUGCCGGGGCUUCCUGUGUGUCCAUGCGCCUCAAUGCUGCCAGGAUGCCCAAGCUGUAAACACCCUCUCUCUCUCCUCUUCUUCUCUUUCUCCUUAUCUUUUUAUUUCUCUCUUCCCUCCAGUCAUCUCCAGCAAGCUGCCUCUGAGGCAUUCGCUUAUUUCUAUCAAGUUGAUCUUUCACAUUCAUUUUUCUCUAACCCCGGACAAUAUUUAUCUGCAACAUAAACCCUCGCCGGUUCAGAGACUGCAACAGCAACACAACAAAUAAGCCACGAUUUAGAUUGAUCUACAGUAUAAAACUCUGUUCACAUACUUUCUAGCUCUUCUUUUGUAAAAUAAACAUUUGUAAACCUCUUCAA